AUGGACUUAAAAAAUAAUGAACCUUGGUAUUGGUUUGGCCCAUUUGUGUCAGUGCAUGUUUUUGUAUCAUACCAUACAACAAACUUCAGUACAACACCAACUUUUUCCACCCCUGUUACUUCUGCUUCAGGAGGACGACUUGGAGAAGGAAUAGCCCAAGCAGCUAGAGCUGCUGCUGCAGCUGCCAUGGCAGCAGCUGCUGGGGCAGUAGCAGCAGGUGCAAGAGCUGCAGCAGGAAGCACCACAACAAGUACACGUCAGAGCUCAGAUGGAAGCACAACCACCACAACAAGUACAACAAGUGGAGGCCAAGAUCCUGCUCCUGGGUUAGGUCAAAGUAGUGGGGCAUCAGUUGGACCCCAGGUUGUCAGGCUUCGUAGAGAAAACCCACGAACUCAAGCUUUGUCAUCACUAGUAGAAGAGGUCAACCAGUUAAACCAAAGGCUUCAACCUCACUUGCAAAGAUAUCAGCAACUUUUGCGAGAUGAUCCAGAUCUUUCUGGCAAUCACACUGAAGCUCAGCAGACAUUUAAUAGGGUAUCUCAAGUUCUACAUUACAUGAGCCAUGCUUAUCAUGCCAUGAGUGACUUGUCUGUCAGCUUUGCUCAAUCUGUUCCUCGAACAUUGAGAGUGAGACUCGUGUCUUCUCCCAUGCAACCCACAGCUUUAAUUCACAGUGACGGUCCCUUUCAGGCUCAAGUCAAUGUUGGUAUUGGUAGACCAACAACAGAUUCCCAGCGAACAACAACUGAGACGGCUACUACAACUUCCACUUCAUCUAGCACAACCACAGGAGUAGAACAGAACCAAAAUCCUACUAGUACUGCUACAACAACUUCCAGUGCCCCAACAUCAGGUAUUUUCAGUGGAACUCCUCUUAUGACUACUCAAAGUCCAGUUGUUUUCAUGGAAGUAGGCCCUCAUGCCAUCACAAUAGACAGUAUUUCUGCUGCAGUGGUCAGUGGACCUGAGAGAGCAACUAGAAACACUACUACUACCAGUGCCAAUGAGAAUGAGCGAGAUAACACACACACAACUACCACCACAUCAGGGUCCACUGGUACAAGAUCAUCACCAAAUUUGGGUAAUGGUGGACAUUUUCGCACCAUUCCUCAAAUGGCCAUGCCUUUCCAAAGUGGAUUUGACCCUUGCCUACCAUGCAACUCCCGAUGGGCUAUGACCCGUCCUGGAACCAGGGGUGCUCGAACUCCGCGAGGAGCAAGGAAUGGCAGCCAGACACGGGUUACCACUGGUAGUUCAUCGAGGCAAGGAGAUGAGCACCUUCAUCAGUUUCUUGGAGGAUUAAUGAACUCUGUUUUUAGUCAACCCUCCUUCCAUAGUCGUGAUGGACCACCACCCACAGGCCAGACCUCUACUAGUCAGUCAGGAUUUACAGUAUUUUCAUCAGGAAGUAGCCCUGCUGGUCCUCAAGGGUUUCACAUUCACACAAGUGGCUCCCAAGGACUGCAUGCUGGGCCUCCUAUGGCACAGCUUUUGGAACAUUUCUAUAGACAAAUUCCUAAUACAAAUCAGGCAACUCCUGCUAGACAGACAACAAUGGAUCAGAGUGCUCCUGCUGGCACACAGCCUCAGUCAGAGAGAACUAACAGACGGACUGUAGGAACCGAUGACACGCUAACCAAUCUAGUACAGGAAGUAAUGAAUCAGAUGAUGGGAGCUGUGUCCGGACGUAAUCAGACAACCCUGGCUGACUUUAUGCUUGGUCUUGAUGAUUACAGCUAUGUACCAGGAGAGAAUCUUCUGAGUGACCUAUUUAUGUGUGUCGCCAGAGUUCUGACUUUCCAAGAUCUUACACUUAUUCUCCUUGGACAAGCAGAGUCUCUCAAUCGUUGUCAAACUGUUCUAAGAGAGUUUGUCCAACAUCAAAUAUUACAAGACCAAGAUCCAACGGAAGAAAAUAUAGAAACAGCAGUGACACGACUGAUAAAUCAGUUUCAAGAUAUUCUGCAGUCUUCUGUUAACGAAGCUAGCGUCCGGACUGGAAUAGACUUUGUUGCAACAGUUAAUGUCUUUGCUCGUCAGCACUUGAGGAAUGCCAUAUCCCUGAUUAUAAAUCCUCCAGAAACCUUUGGAACAGCUCUGUAUUUAUUCUGUCGCAAUGUUCUCUCUGAAUUUGUUGUCUUAACAAGAGAAUGUUGUACGGAUGGACUUACUUCCUUGGAGCGAAUAGUUCAAGCUAGAAUUCGAGAGAUGACAGGAGAUACCAACUCCCAGGUACAACAAUGGAUGUUAAAUGUAACAGCAACCCAGAUUGGUGCAAUGUCUCCAGAUACUACCCCAGAAAAUGUACAGAGAUACAUUAUUACACAAGCUUCUGCACCACCCCAGGAAGUUCAGAGCCAACCUCUUGUCACAAACAACACUGUAGUCCAGGACAUCCUUGCAAAUCCUGCAGUGGAAGUAGAAAGAACUCCUGAGAAUGCUAGCAGUGAAAUGGAUGUUGAUUCAACUAGCCAGACCAACUCACCAGUACAUAUGGAAACAUUCAGUGUCCCCAUGAAUCUUCAAAAUGGAAGUCCUUCUAGGGCAGUGGUGCCACCUAGUGACUUGACAGAUGAAGUGGUGAUUGGAGCUGAAAGUUGGCAUGCAGCUGUUCCAACAGAGUGGGUCCCUAUCAUCACUAGAGAUGUCCAAAGGCAGCGUCGACAGGCUCCUUGUGCCCCAUUUAGUGAUGCCUACCUCAGUGGGAUGCCAUCUAAGAGGAGGAAGAUGAUGGGCAAAAAUGGUCAUCAAAACCUUCUGACCCCUGUCCAGACUAUCUUGCCUAAUGCCCUCCAACGGGCUAUUACUGCAGCAGGUGUAUGGCCACUAACCAGCUUGGACCAAAUUAGACAAGAUGCUACACAGGAUGAGAAACUACAUGCUGCAUACAGAGAACAGUUGAAGUGUGAUGUUCAGGAACGGCUUCAAAACGAUCUAGAUUACAAUCCCAGCAGAUUUCCUAAUGCUGAUAAAUACUUUAAAGAAGGCAACAAGUAGUUGAAAUUGUUAUAUCUUUCAAACUCGUGUAAUCGUAUAGUCAGGUGACAGCUUAAACCAUUUAAUUUAGAUUAUGUUAUUCUACUGAUAUAAAAGCUUUAAAUUUAACUGAUUUCGAUAAGGCUGUUUUGUAUAUUUUUUUAACUUUUCUGUUAAUAAGCACCGUUAAAAUGUUCGCAGGAAACUCUGUGUAUUUAGUAAGGAAGUGAUCUCUAAGAAUAUAAAGGGAAUGAAAGCACCCGUUGAACUGGAACUUUAAAACAGACAUUUCUGACGUUAGUAAUUUGCGAUUUUUUUUGAGUGAUAUAGUAUUAGUCCAACAAAUUGCAGUAAAAUGUACUUUUUUGAACUUUUUUUUGACUGUUUAAAUUGUAUUCAAUAAAAGGCAAAACAUUCAGUGUCAA